AUGUCGAAUAAAGCUUCAGUAGGAGGUCACGAAAGGAGAUUCGCAUUUCACCUCAAGUAUGGUUUCAAGCUGUCAACGGUCUAUGCUUGGCUGAAUUUAAACAAUGGCUUCCUGGUCAGAUGGGGGACAAAUUUUCCCCCAUAUUUCGGUCGCUAAGGCUUGCGGCUCGCCAUGUGAAAUGCAAUGCUUAAUCUCUCCAAAAGUAAUGACGGUGUAUAGUCAUUUGAUGUCCGUGUUAAUAACCAAGCGGAGCCAUAGUGAACGAUAAGUACAGGGAAAUUGACGUUUGCCGCUUGCCAUAGACCUGAUUCUAAAUCUAUGUAGUGCUCUUUCGUAGCCAGUAGCCGGAGAAAAGAGCCGUCAUUUCGCGUCGGCACAACUGGUUUACCCAGGAAAUGACGUCUGAGGAACGUGCGCUGAAAUUCCACACCGACGACGUGUCACUGCCUAGACCUGGGUAAUACUGCUGUUUGGUUGAAGCAAUUUUCCCAUGCGGCACGACCAGGGAACGACCAAUCAUAAGUAUUACCCAGAUAGGGGAAGUGACACAUCAACAGUAUGGAAUUUCUGCGCUCAUUCGAUCCUUAGACGUUAUUUCACGGAGAAACCAGUGGUAGUGUCGCGAAAUGUUGGCUGUUUUUUCAGGCUGCGUGCUCAGGAGCCACCAUCACAAGUAAAAUAGAGAGAGCAGGGAGCCAUGAGAACGAUGAAAAGGCGAAUCGCCCAGGAAGAGUCAACAUGAUACAGCAAAGAGGAAGUUCCGAUAGCUUAUGAGCCCUACUCUAAGGAAACGUUACUUUUAGUUUAAGGUGACUCGACCCAGUUUUUUGGGGGGAGUACCAUCCUACUUUGAAGCUCUCUGGUAUCCCCGCCUUUACUUUUAUCGUAAGUCUAACACAUAGAAUGGAUAACAUAUACAUCAAUCUACAAUAUAACAUAAAAUUUUUGACGAUCGGAGUAAAUGUCACGUGGUUAUAAUGCCACGCCCCUUUGAGGUCUGAGUCGAAAAUCUGCUGUUGCCGGCAUUUUUUCGUGAAAAUCUCGCGGCUACACAUAGUGCGCAUUGGUGCCUUGCGCUGAACAGAGUUUCACCGAAAUCGCAAAGACCCAAUUCGAGAAAUUCAGCGGUUUCCAAAUUUAGGUCAUAAUUUAUGCGAAAAUGAUAAGCAAACUUUACAUGGAUUAUAUCUAAUAAACUAUGAGAUUCAUCUCUUUAUUUUGGGCAUUAAAAUAAAAAAAAAAUCCUUUGUGUGUUUUUUAUAAAUUGUUACUUGUGCAAAUCUCUAUUGUUCAGGGCUACUAGUUGGGCUUUUAAUUUGUCAGGGAACAUAUUCACCCGAUAUAAUUCGUUUUAAGAAACCGUAGUUCCGGGAAGUAGUCUUCAGAUUUCACCAAGAAUCUUGACCAAAAAAUCCGCAUUGUUACAUAUGCUUAGCCUGGCUGGUUUGAAAACGCAGAAGUCUACGACUAAGUGCAGUUGUGUAAAGAUACUAGUGUUUUCAGGUUUACAACGCAUCAGAUGUAGGAUCGAAGCGGACAAAUAAUAAAUUUAGAUGCUUUUGCCAGGUUCGCCAGCCGAAUGAUCUUAUUUCAGCAAAGACACUUUUAUAUGAAAAUGUCUAUUGCAUAAUUUUAUUAAUUUUCUUUUUUUAAAACGUGGGAGGACACUGCUGCAACCCCCCCAGCCCCUCCCCCUGCGCUGGCCCUGACAUAACGCUCUUUACUACCUUUAUGCAUUUAAAAUGACAGUGAGGAAAAAUAGUUCUGUUUUCAGUCACAGCCAGCCAAGGACGCCAACAGUGACAUUUCACAAAUGAAAAAAUCAUCGUUGGCGUCGUCUGAUAGUUGACAAUCACUCUUUCUGAGGAAACGCCAACUCGUGAAUAAAAUUCGUACGCGGUUACCAAUCAUGAAGCAAUCUCAUUUGCUCACUUAUUAAUCUUUGUACCUUGCUAUGAUUUAAGUUGAGAAAAUUCUGAGUUCAAAGGAGUAAUAACAACAAAACAGAUUUUAACUUUUGCACCGGGUGGUGUACUUUACACCAGCAGAAUUUUAAACUACAACCGUAUCCCUACGUCACAUUAAUUUUUUUUACAAAUAUAUGUAUAUCUAUGAAGGCAAUGUCAAGUAUCUUAAGGUUAAUUAAAAAAUAGUAGAAGUUCUUUGGAGGUUUGUAUUUCAAAACGUCUUUUCUACAUUGCUGUAGGCAUAUCAUUUCUGUGUUUCUUGGUGCUGCGGAAACCAUUGUAGGUUCGUUUGUUUGUUGUGGUGUGGGUACAAUUAUGAACAAAGCAACCAAUAAAUUCUUUUUGUAAGCCUUACGUACGGAAGCCGGGCAAAGAUAAAGCUUGCUCAUCUCACCAUCCAGAGACAUUGCAAAACAGCAGAGGAACAACAGGCUUAAAGACACGUGGAACACAUUCGCGCUAUGUGAUUGGCUGUUGUCUUAUCUUCCUUGGGAUCUGUGGUCUUAAAAAUAACUCGAGACGAAUUACCUAUGGAAUAGGGUGUGUAUGGGGGAUGCCUUCUCUGUCCCUUUUAUCAUCUCUUGUCAACAUGUUAUUACAGCUGAGAAGAAGCUCCGAUACCUUAUGAACCCUACCCUAAGGAAACGUUACUUUAAGUUAAGGGUGUAAGAAAAGAGACGAAUGUAAGGAAAAUAAGGGAGCCUUGAACCCGCUUGUGAUGUCUGACCCUACACUAAAGUAGCAAUCGGCACUAACUGCCGUGAAACGCCAUUUUUUAAGUUGCCCAAAGAGAGGCUAAGUGCAAAGCUAAUGGCAUAUAUCUAUCCUGAAACAGUACUUAACCCUAUUUUCUAUUUUCCCUCUUCAUUUCCUACCAACUUGGCUUCCCUAAUUCUUAGUUUUUUUACUUAUGUGUCCGAUCAUCCUUUUUCGUUAUGGAAUCUAGAUCUAGCCAUCGAGUGAAGCGCAUCCCCCCCAUGAUACCUCUUUACUACCUUAAUGCACAGGGAGGAAAAUAGUUCUGUUUUCAUUCACAGCCAACCAAGGACGCCAACAGUGACAUUUCACAAGUGAAAAAAUCAUCGUUCGCGUCGUCUGAUAGUUAAAAAUCGCUCUUUCUGAAGAAACGCCAACUCGUGAAUAAAAUUCGUACGCGGUUACCAAUCAUGAAGUAAUCUCAUUUUCUCACUUAUUAAUCUUUGUACCUUGCUAAAAUUUAAGUUGAGAAAAUUCUGAUUCAAGACUAAGUUCAAAGGAGUAAUAAAAACAAAAACAGAUUUUAACUUUUGCACCGGGUGGUGUACACCAGCAGAAUUUACAACCGUAUCCCUACUGCACAUUAAUUUUUUUUUUAACAAAUAUAUGUAUAUCUAUGAAGGCAAUGCCAAGUAUCUUAAGGUUAAUUAAAAAAUAGUAGAAGUCCUUUGGAGGUUUGUAUUUCAAAACGUCUUUUCUACAUUGCUGUAGGCAUAUCGUUUCUGUGUUUCUUGGAGCUGCGGAAACCAUUGUAGGUUCGUUUGUUUGUUGUGGUGUGGGGACAAUUCUGAACAAAGCAACCAAUAAAUUCUUUUUGUCAGCCUUACGUACGGAAGCCGGGCAAAGAUCAAGCUUGCUCAUCUCACCAUCCAGAGACAUUGCAAAACAGCAGAGGAACAACAGGCUUAAAGACACGGUUGGCCAUCACGAGCUGCUGCUGAAACGAGUUUGA